AUGGCUGCAGAAAAAGGAGAAAAGCUGGACCCGGGCCAGGACGCGUCCGUCGAGUGCUGGGUUUCUUCCCAGUCGUCAGCCAAAGUCACGUGGCUCAAGAACGACGAACCCUUGCAGUUGUCAAAAACACUCAAGUACCAGGUCAAAUUGCGCGGCAGAGAUGUGGAGUUCCCUCAGACACCCCAGCCAUCAGAAACGAUUCUCCCAUCAUCAUCUGAACCACCAAGCGAAGUUUCAGGAACAGAAGUUGAUGCAUUUGGGAUUAUUGGUCCAAGGGGUGAACCAGGUUACAAGGGUGAACAAGGAACAAGAGGUUCUCCUGGCAUACCUGGACCACCAGGGUUGCAUGGAACCCCAGGACAACCAGGCCCUCCAGGACCAUCCCCUGAUAUUUCACCAUGGAUUUCUCAACUAUCUCAGUCACAAGGUGGUCCUAACAAGGGUCCUGGAGUGGAUGCACUGAGUUACUUGCAAGCUCAAGUAGGUCCAAUUGGUGCCAGAGGGCCUCCAGGCCCACAGGGUCCACCAGGACCUCAAGGGUUCCAAGGGGCCAGAGGAGAACCUGGAGAUGUUGGGCCACCUGGUCCACCUGGUGGCACUGGACCAAGAGGACUCCCUGGACCAAUUGGCAAAGAUGGAAUUCCUGGUGAUGAUGGACUUCCAGGUCCAACUGGUAGUCCUGGGCCCCCAGGAAGUAGAGGUUUGCCUGGCAUGCCUGGCCUACCUGGACCUAAAGGUCACCGUGGGUUCUCUGGACUUGAUGGAGCAAAGGGAGAGCAAGGGCCAAUGGGAGAAAAGGUUGGUUCACCUGGACCUCAAGGAGCCAUGGGACCACAAGGACCAGUGGGGCCAGCUGGUUCCAGAGGAGAAAGAGGAAGAGAUGGUCCACCAGGUCCACCAGGUAUCAGAGGUUUGGAUGGCAUGACUGGAGCACCUGGUACCCCAGGAAACAUUGGCAAGCCCGGGCCACCAGGGUUCCCAGGAAGCCCUGGAGCCAAGGGAGACCAAGGACCCCUUGGACCAAAGGGAAGUGUUGGAAUGCAAGGGCCCAGAGGUGAGGCUGGAAAACCUGGCAUCCCUGGAGACCCUGGACCACCUGGACCUCCUGGUCUAGAUGGAGCCACUGGAGAGAAAGGUAGUGUUGGAGCAGUUGGCCAAACUGGUCCCCCUGGGUUCCCAGGAGCCAGAGGACCUCCUGGGGCUAUGGGGAGUCCAGGACCUCAGGGUGCCAAGGGAGCACCAGGAGUGAAUGGAGAAAGAGGAUACAAAGGUGCAAGUGGCAUGAAAGGAGAAGAAGGUGCUCCUGGACCUAGAGGUCUUCCAGGUCCACAAGGAGAAACAGGAAAAGUAGGUUUCGCUCCACAAAGACCUGGUUACCCAGGAGUUCCAGGCGUUCCUGUCUCUCCUAACGGACCUCGUGUUCCGGAAGGUCCUGGACUACCUGGGCAAACUGGUGAUGUUGGACCUCCUGGAUCAUCUGGCCCCAAAGGAUCUCAAGGUGAUCCCGGCCGACCUGGACCACCAGGACUUGCAGGGCUCAGGGGUCUCCCAGGGAGACCAGGUUUGAUGGGAAAGGCUGGACGCAUUGGAGACAGAGGUCUUCCAGGAGCAGAUGGAAGGCCUGGAGAGCAAGGUACUCCAGGACCUCAAGGCCUACCUGGACCAAUGGGACCUCAGGGGUAUCCCUGGCAAAGAUGGGGAAUCAGGACCACCAGGGGCACCAGGUCCCAGGGGGUAUCCCUGGCAAAGAUGGGGAAUCAGGACCACCAGGGGCACCAGGUCCCAGGGGUGACUCAGGAAAAGAUGGUGUGCCUGGAUCCCAAGGCCCACCUGGCCCUACUGGUCCAGCUGGUGACCGAGGGCCAACAGGACCUUCUGGCCCAAGAGGAUUCCAAGGACUUCCUGGAGCAACAGGUACCCCUGGAACACCUGGGAAAGAUGGAGAACCCGGAGUUCAAGGUCCUCCAGGGCCUGAUGGACCAUCUGGCCCACGUGGAGAAAGAGGAUUUCCAGGAGACAGAGGACCACAAGGGCCACCUGGUGCUCCUGGGCCAAGAGGAGAGCCAGGAAUUAUGGGAAAGGAUGGCCUACAGGGCCCACCUGGACUCACAGGUCAAAAGGGUCACUCUGGACCCCCAGGUCCACCUGGGGAACCAGCUGAAAAGGGUGAGGCUGGACCACCUGGCCCACAGGGAGAAACUGGGUCCCCUGGGGCACCUGGAGAAAGAGGACCAGUUGGACCACAAGGACUACAAGUACAGUGAAAGCAAUUGCAUCAAGUUUCUUAUUGUCUUCAUGAUGAUUCCUCAUCAGGGAUUUCCUGGACCUAUUGGUGCACCUGGUACUCCAGGUACAAAGGGACAAAGAGGAUUGCCUGGCUCAAAGGGUGAACAAGGUGCCUCAGGACCAUCUGGACCAAGAGGAGAGACUGGCCCAAUGGGUUUGACAGGUCUUGCUGGGCCAAAGGGACAAAGAGGAGAAAUUGGACCACAGGGACAACCUGGAAUGGUUGGAGCACCAGGAAGACCUGGAGAACCAGGACCACCAGGUCAAGUGGGAUCACCUGGUCCACAAGGACCCCAGGGAGUGUCUGGCAUCAAGGGACAACCAGGAGAAACAGGUAGACCUGGUCUCAAUGGACCUCAAGGACAGCCAGGAAUGCCUGGUGCUGAAGGACAGAAGGGAGAAAGAGGAACCACUGGACCUAUUGGACCUAUUGGACAACAAGGACCUCAAGGACCUCCUGGUGACAGAGGUCUCAUGGGUCUACCUGGACCUCAAGGAUUAGCUGGACCAACUGGAAGACGUGGCUCACCAGGAGAACCUGGAGUAGCAGGCAAACCUGGUAGUGAAGGACCACCAGGUCCUCAGGGUUCUUCUGGUCCACCAGGAAUGAGAGGACCUCCGGGAGAGACUGGACCUGAGGGUCCAGCAGGAAAACAAGGAUCUCCUGGAAUUUCAGGAAGAACUGGAGAUAAAGGACCUCCUGGGCCUCCAGGGCAACAAGGACCUACUGGACCUCAAGGCUUACAAGGACCUCCAGGGUCUCCUGGGCCUCUGGGUCCUGCUGGUGAGCGUGGGUUAAGAGGAGAAGCUGGCCCACAAGGUGUAGAAGGCCAAGCUGGUCCCAGAGGAUUGCCUGGAGCACCUGGGCCACAAGGACUUAAAGGAGACACUGGAGCCAUGGGAUUCAAGGGAGACAAGGGCCACAGAGGUCUGAUUGGUCUUCAGGGCUUGCCUGGACCUCAAGGCCAACAAGGAGAAAGAGGGCUCACAGGAUCUCCUGGACCAGUUGGCAAGGAUGGAGAGGCUGGGCCUAGAGGCCCAGCUGGAAGAGAUGGGUCUAUUGGUCCAGCUGGUCUUCCUGGCCCACAAGGCCUCAGAGGAACUCCUGGUGAGCCUGGUCAACCAGGGAUGCCAGGUUCUCCAGGUGGGUCUGGUCCACCUGGACCACCAGGGGACUCAUUUGGCUAUGAUGCUGCUGCUCUGGCAGCUCUUCUUGGUCAAAGCAUGGGAACUGUAAAGGGCCCAGAUCCAUUCAGUGGAGAUGAACCUGCCAGAAUAUUCUCUCCAGACACACCAGCUGAUGAGCGCAAGGAUUUGAUCUUCAAGGCAUAUGAAAAUCUCAAAGAGUCAUUCUCCAAACUCAAGAAACCAGAUGGAGAGUAUUACAUUGAUCCCAACCAAGGCAGCCCUGAUGAUUCAAUCAUGGUUUUCUGUGACAUGGAAAGGCAGGCAACUUGUCUCAUUCCAAAGCCAGCAGAAAGCAGGGAAGUUACUUGGGCUGGUGACAUGUCCACCAAGAGAGGAGAACCUAUUUGGGUCAAUGAGGAAAUUCAAAUGAACUUGGCUUUCACUUACAAGGCAGAUGGGAACCAGGUAGCAUUCCUGCAGCUCUUGUCCACAAAGGCUGACCAAGAGAUCACAUAUCAUUGCAAGAAUUCGACUGUUUACUUUGAUUCUGCAAGGAAUUCCUUCAGGAACUCUGCCAAGUUCAUGUCCUGGAAUGAUGUGGAGUUGACAGCAAAGGGAAACAAGAGAUUCACUUAUGCUGUCAAAGAUGAUGGCUGCCAGAACAAAUCACUUGACUGGGCACAGACAGUCUUCUCAAUUGAAGCAGACAAGCCACAAAGACUGCCAAUAGUUGACAUGGGGCUCAGAGAUAUUGGGGAAAGUGGGCAGACAUUCAAAAUUGGUGUAGGCAGGGCAUGUUUUAUGUAAAAAAAAAAAAAAAGAAGUGUUUAGAUAGCCUGUGUUUGCUCAAAACUGCUUUUUUGCAUUGUUUUUUGUGCUUAUGUUUUUGUCGAACCCACAGACAAAUGCUCUGUGCAGGUGACAGUCCCAACUACCCAGAAGUACUUUCAGUGUGUGUCUGAGCAGAGAGUGGAUGUUUUUAUGAUUUGUUCCUCAAGUUUUGCUUGCUGUGACGAUUCAAAGUCACAAUUAUGGCAGCAUGCUCCACCAAAUGUGUUCAAAUCAUUUACCUUAUGUCUUUGUGCUGACAUUAUGGGCAUCUGCACAUAUUUGAUCUUUUUUCUCCCUGAAAUUUUGAGGAGUUCAUUGUUUCACUGCCAAUUAGGGUCUAGUCUAUCAAACCUAAAUCUUGUGUUCUGGGAGUAAACUCAAUUGCUGUGAGAUCAAAUGAUUCAUGAAGAAAUGAUUGAUUUUUUGUGUGUGAUGAGAAGGGAAUACAAACUGUUCUUCAGGGCGACAGCAUGAGUCCUUCUCAAGAAAGUAAGAGUUGAGUUUAUGAUAUCUGAAAGUUUGGAAUUUAUUUCCCUCAACAAAAACAUUGUUUCCGUGAGAAUUUCCGUUGUGCCAUUAGCAUGACAAGGGCAUGCC